CGUUUCCAACAUUCGAGGUAAAAUAUUUAAGUUAAAACAAUGUCUGAUCCUCGUAUAAGAACUCUAAAAAUUAAGACUGGAGUAGUGAAACGUCUCGCAAAAGAAAAAGUCACUUAUGAGAAAGAAGCAGCACAGCAACGUGAAAGGGUACAAAAAUUAAAGGAACAGGACAAGGAUGACUAUGAUAUAAAGAAACAAGAAGAAGUACUUCAAGAAUCUCUUAUGAUGGUGCCAGAUUGUCAAAGACGUCUUGGGAAAGCAUUUGAGGAACUUAAAAAGAUUUUGGAUACAGAACAAGAUUUAAAAGAAAUCGAAGAUUAUAUCGAAGCUGAGAAAGUACUGAAAGAAGCAGAGGCUCAACUUCCUAAAGAAGGAGAAAUUAUGGAGAUGUGUUAAGAAA